ACGAAGUGAACGGAUCGUGCCAAAAGGGGAGCAAAACCAUCGGUGGUGCGAUCGAAAAGAACAUCGGAGGACGCGACCAAAAAGAGAACAAAAGGAAACCGUCUUGCUUUUCCAUGAUGAAGACCGUCCUUGAUGGCGAUGGCCAUGAUUGCCCUUUGGCUGGGCCUUUGGGUCACCUGUGCUGGAUGGCCACGGGGCCACGAAGGAGGCCUACAAGCCCCAGCAGCCUUCCGCAUCGAGGUGAGCACCGAGGCUAAAGUUGGACGACCUCUCUUGAUCAAGGAUCUCCCAGCCUUCCAGACUCGGUGCUUCCCGGUCAAGGUUCCGACACAGGACGUGGAGAUCCGGGUGGCCGCCUCAGUGGUGGGCUUGGCUGGAUUACCAGUGCUUAGCCAUGGAUGGGAGCCGACAAGGCCGAUGAACGCCUCAGCGACGGGCUACGAGACCGUCGACCAGGUGGUUGCGAACACCGAGAAGAAGCCAAAGUACUUCUUUUGUGUGACCACUUUUUCGUUUCAAGGCUGUGACUCCAUGCUGACAGUGCUGAUCAUCACCGCCGAGGAUGCACCACCUCCAGUUCAGCUGAGGCCCAAUUUUCCAUCUAUUUGGCCACUUGGGAACAGUACCGGUCCUUCAAGCAUGGCCUUUUCCAUCGAGGUCACUGAUCCCAUGGAGGACACUCGAAUCACUGCCGUCCCGCUGAGUGGUGAAGUGGACGUGGAAAUCUACUAUCGAAACUUCACCGGCUGCAGUGGCACUCCGAUCAAAGUCUCCAAAGGCAUCAGCGGACCUGGAGUUGUGGAUAUUCAUCAGUCGGAGGGAUUUCAGGAAAAUCUUUGCAUCUUGGUGAAGGGUCAAGGGGUGUUCUCCCUCACAGCCGGGCCGCGGUUUCAAGGGCCUUUCUUGGUACCAGAUGUGCCCUUUGCAGGCCUUUUGGGCAGUGCUUGCGAGAGGACCAGGAUCUGGGUGAACAAUGGUACUGACAUCACAGUUACAGUGGCUGCUGACGAUGCCUCAGCUCUGACCUUGUCGGCCAUGCUGAGCAGAGAGAUGGAGGAGGCUUCGAUCAAGAGCAGAUGGAAGGGGCUCGUUCCUCCAGGUGGAAGUGGUGCUGCUCUUGUGAUCAGUGGCACAGACGUGGCAGACGUGGAGCGGUCCUUAGGACUCUCCAGAAAAGAGGUGGCGGUGUCUCUGUCCACCUGCCGCCAACCCGAUCCUGAUGAGGCGCCACAGGACACCACAUACUGGAUCACCUCUGCGACGCAGACCGGUGUCGUCACCCUGCAGGAUGGGACUCCGGCUCACACCUUUGUCGCGAAGGCCUUGUGGAGGGAUUUUCGUGUACUCAUCAGUGGUGGCAAGGAGAUCACUGCAGUGGCCUCGGCCCAGAUGGGCCAGCUGACAUUGGUGGCGGACACCGUGCGACAUCCUCUUCAGCCAGAGCGCUUUCGGUGGGCUUCGAAUGGCAAUUCAUCCCGUGCGGUACUCCACCUGACUACGGACAAACAGCUUGUGAGCAGUGAGGUACAUUUGGUGGACUGUCGCCUGCCUUGCUUUCUUUAUUUGUCUGCGCAUGUCUCUGCCACUGGUGACGAGGAGCUUCCAAUCAAGGUGGUGGUCAGCUCAGAUCUCCGAAAGAUUACGAGACUACCGGAGGGCGACGAGCUCGAGCAGCGCUUGAUGCCCAAGCAGUCCAAGACCUAUGAGUACUUUCUCCGCCGCAAUGACACGGCUGCGGUGAUCUCGGUGACGAAGAAGACUGGAGGAACGAGCUUUCGCGUGUCCUCCACGCCGGACUUCUCACCGGGCCCCGCAACCACCGCGCGGGCAGAGGCCGUGAUUUUGCUCGAGGCGACCUCGGCACCCUUCAUGUCGGCGGUUGGAAGCAGCCAAAAUCCAGUCCUCUAUGUGCGCAUCGACAACGACGCGCCAACGUCCAGCAGCUUCCUGGUCUCUGCGCGCUCGGAGGGUCAUGCGAAGUGGCUCUACAACGGGGUGCCAACACAAGGUGCCAACAAGGCUGCGGGGCGCUAUGACAGAUAUCGCUUUUUCGUCAGCCCCUCUGAAGCUUUGGAGAACUUGACGGUCACCAUUGAGGUCGCUCUCCACACAGGGUCUGUGGGGCUCUUCGCAGCCUGCGAUCCCAUCAAGUACCCCGACGAAAAGAACUAUACCUGGAGUCGGCGCAUCAUUGGACAUGACACCUUGAGCUUCAAUUCCUCCGAGAGCGGCUUCCGGCCCGGCUGGAUCUACCUGAGCAUCACCAGCGAGGUCCUGGCUGCCUACAACGUGCGCGUCCGCUGGGGCACCCGGGCCGUCGAGCAGCUCGAGGACGGAGAUCCAAAGAAGAGUAGCGUGCAGACGAGGGCCUUGCGCUGGUUUUCUCUGGACGGGCUCGAUCUGUCCGGCCGUCGCCCUGUCUCUCUUGUGGCACAAGCGCUGGAUGGAACAGUUGGUCUUUGUGUGCGGGAGUACCUGCCAGGUGAAUUGAGGACCAAGCUUGGACUUUCGCAGCAGCUUUCUCAGCACCUUCGGCACUUUGCACAGCGCUUCGGCUAUGCGUCCAUCGGCUGGAUGGAGGAACACAGCUGUGUUUACGCUGCGAUGGCCACCUCCUUUCAUGCUGCGGAAGACACCCUCGCGGCAUUAGACCUUCUACCGAUGAGCGAAACGCCCAUGCAGUUUGCGGUGGUGGGUCUCCCGCGCAGCGACGGGAAAGAUGAGUCUGAGUUCACCGUGAGAGCUCUCACUGGAGACGUCGUCAAACUACCAGAGGCGCAGACAGUGGUCGACACGCUGGGAGCGCCCUGCUGCAUCAAGGAGUACACGGUCUUGAGUAGAUCGUACCGGCGCUUCUUGCAAAAAGCCGCGGGCUCCUUGCAGAUCCGAGUGGCUCCGCUGGGUGCUGGAAGGCUCUUCCCUGAUGGCCAGCUAUCUCUUCGAGCACGAGGUUCCCGCUGGUCGGAGACGCCAGGCCCCCUGACGGUGGCGAACGCGACACAGGAGGGGAUCUUGCUGCACGUGGAUCUGAAGGAUCUAGCUGGGUCAAGUGUUCGCCAAGGCUUUUGGGUGGAAGCUCACUUGGAGGUGCACAGACCCCUGAACUUCUCCAUGAGCUUCCAGCAUGACUUUGCUGGGGAGGCACAGCUGCCCGGGAUUUUGCUGCCGCCGAACGUGUCCAUUUCAGGCCACCUCGACAAGGCAGAAGCGGCCACCUAUAGCUUCCAAGCCACGGAGGCGACCCUGUGCCUGAGACAGUGCUUUGGGCAGGUGGAGUUACAGCUGCCGAGGUAUGGCUCGAACGCUACGACCUCAAACCUGGGCAGUGUGCUUGGGCCGCAGGGCAACUGCACCACGCUGAAGGAUCUUCCAGAUGGCAGAGGAUCUGCGCUGGUCAUGCGGUCGUCGUCCAGCGCCGACUUCGAAGUGGAGCUGCGUCGGGUGUCGUCGACGUGGGACGAGAAGCAAAUCGAGCUCGCGGACCCGGUACUGUUCAUCGCAGACUACAAGCCUUGUCUUGGAAAGUCCUGCGAAUUCAGUAUCAGCGUGAGCUUCACAAGCGCAUCGAUUGGACUCAAAGACCCAGACCCAGGCUACAGCUCGGAGCCCAAGAUCCGCUACCUGGCGGUGGCGAUGUACUCCCAAGAGUGCCAGCUCUCCACCUGCCCAAGAGCUUCAAUUUCUCCACACUCGGGAACGAGCGCUCCACCCAGGGAAGAAGACCCAGAUCUUCAUGCCAACACGUCCUGUGGUCUGCGGGCGGCAAUUGAUCAGCACCGCACCAUCACCAAAACCUCUGUGCAGGUGCAGCGGAAUCAGCACCGGCUGCAGGGAACUCUGGAGUUCAACUCUUCCGAGUGGGCCAACCAGACUAUCAAGGUGAACGUGUUAGCCUCCUUGGUGCUACCUGAUGAGAAGGAAGUUGGGGUCAGCGGCUACUGCGCGGCGCGCAUCGUGCCCAAGCAACUUCCGGCAAGUGCCGGAUCCCGAAACGAUGCAUCUAUUCCUUAUGCAGCUGCCUUGCUGGCCUUGAUUGUGAUGCUGUGGUUGUUGAGCCGUGGCCGGGCCAAGGAGGCUCGCCAAGCGCCUCUGUCAGAGCACAUCGAGAUGGCCUACGACCUGCACGAGGACGGCGCAAGUCGCCUUCUUGACCAUUCAGGUUAUGUGCCGCCCAGCGUGUGAGAA